AUGUCGCCUUCCAAGAUGCCCAGCAUUGUAAAUGGUGUCAACGGCAUAGCGCCCGAAUUCGAAUACCCGGAGGCCAUGCCCGAGGGACCUUACCAGAUACUCAACCAAUAUCACUCCAAGCCCAGGAAGCUGCGCGUAGCUUGUGUUGGCGCAGGUGCCUCGGGGCUAUGCGUUGCCUACAAGAUGGAAAAGAUGUUGGAGGCAGGCUCAUGGGAGUUGACACUGUUUGAGAAGAACCCCAUGUUCGGCGGGACAUGGUACGAAAACACCUAUCCUGGUGUUGCUUGUGAUAUCCCGGCACACGACUACAGCUUUACGUGGGAUCCGAAGCCGGACUGGACACACUUCUUCGCGCAGGGCAAGGAGAUCCAAGGGUAUUUCGAGAACUUUGCGGAGAGACAUGGAAGCAAAAAGUACAUGAAGCUCAACGCAAAGGUCGUUGAAGGAAGAUGGGAUGAGGAGCAAGGGAUCUGGAACCUGGUUAUUGAAAAUCCACAGACCAAAGAGCGGUCAGAGGACUGGUGUCACAUCUUCGUCAACGGCGCAGGUAUCCUGAACUCGUGGAAAUGGCCUGACAUAGAAAACUUGCACAGCUUCAAGGGACCUCUUAUGCACUCGGCGUGCUGGGAUCAUACGGUCGACUUCAAAGACAAGACAGUCGGUGUAAUCGGCACAGGUUCAACGAGUGUGCAGAUCGUCCCGCAAUUACAGAAGAUUUGUAAACAGGUGCAGGUUUAUAUGAGGAGUCCAACAUGGAUCAGCCCACCGUUUGGCGCAGGAGCUCUUCAAAACGACCUUCAGAAGGAUGUCAAUCCCGGUCAGCGGCAAUACACCUUCUCGGAGGAGGAGAAGCAACGGUUCCGUGACGAUCCAGACUACCACCUCGACUUCCGGAAGCGCAUCGAAGCGGAAAUCAACGGCUUGUUUGGCAUGUUCUUGCAAGGUUCGGACAUGUCGAACCACUUCCGACAAGUGAUCACCGAAGAGAUGCACCGGAGAAUGGGACCAGGUCACGAGAAGCUUAAGAGCUUCAUUAUACCGCAGUGGUCACCUGGCUGCCGAAGGAUAUCACCUGGCGAUGGAUACCUAGAGGCCAUCGUGCAGGACAACGUGGAGCCCGUUUUCGAGGGCGUCCAGAAGGUCACUCCUGAGGGUAUUGUAACGAACGACGGUGUUGAGCACAAGAUGGACAUCCUCGUCUGCGCUACCGGUUUCAAAGUCGCCUUCAAACCGGCUUUCAAGGUCAUCAACGCAGCUGGCAAAUCAAUCGAUGAAGACUGGGUCAAUGGGCCUAAUCUCUACAUGGGUGUAUCAGCACCACGCUUUCCGAACUACUAUACAAUUGUAGGGCCUGGAGCAACGUGGAGCAAUGGCACUUUACUGCCUUCGAUAGAAACGACGAUCGAAUAUGCAGUCCAAAUGAUGAAGAAAAUCCAGACCGAGCACAUCAAGGCCAUCGAGGUGUCACAAGAAGCACUCGACGAGAUCUAUGCUCACUUCGAUACGUUCCAUCAGAACACCGUCUGGAAAGAGGAGUGCCGAUCGUGGUUCAAGGAUGGCAAGAUCAAGAACCGCAUUUAUCUAUGGCCGGGCCCGACCAUUCACUUCCUCAAGUCGAUUAAGAAGCCACGUUUCGAGGAUUACAUCAUCCGAUACAGAUACAAGAACCGAUUCGCCUACCUCGGUAACGGCGAAGUGAGGGCCUCGACAACGAAAGAUGUCCACGGACUGAGCACGUACAUCAGGAACUCAGAUCAUGAAUGGGAUGUAGACUGA